GAAAAGCAAUUUUCAGAGUUUGCCCAGGAAGGUGUCUGGUAUGAAUCUGACAUUCCUUUGCUAUAUUUUGUGCUGGAAGGUUUGGAAGAAAGCAGAAGCGUUGGCCUGGACAAACACCUGAAGUGCAAGGAAUUUUUUGCCCUGGACAAUUUCAACUGGUCUAUUGAGUGUGCUUCUAAGGAUCUUCAUUUGAGGGCACAUGGAGGCUCCUCCAUGGAGGUGGGGGCUAAGCAUGAUUUUGAUGGCAAUGCAAUGGAUGAAUUGAGUUUUUGUAUGGGACAAGUUCUGAAGGUAAGCCUUGAGUGCAAUUGCAUGUUCUGUCAUUUCUGA